GAGGGAAGGGUGGAGAGAGACGUCGAGCAACUAUGUAGAAGGAUUUUAAUACCGCUUACUGAAAAAUUUGGUGAACAUGAUUUGCACGAAGAAUUACUUGAGAGACUGAGAGGAUAUUUUAGAGACAUCUACUGGAGUUUAAAAGUGCACUUGGUGUUUCACUUAGGAAUUUCCGAUGAGCUUCAACAGAUCGACGAAGUCCUCAAUGUGGUGGGUGCUUGGGGUGGUCUGACAAAUGAAGAGAUGAAUGAACUACCAGACCAAGAUUGCGUAGUCGACCCAGGAAGCAAACUCUUGGAAAUGGUAAGUAUAUAAGCGGCAUAUGUGUGUGUGUUUUGUUUCCGAGUUUUCAUGCAUUGUCAUUUGCACCGAGUCAGGCUGUAACAUGCCUUGGCUGGCUGUUUAUCUAACCUCGCUGUAGCUGAUACCAAAGGUAAUAGUUUGCAAGAAUGUUAUGGAAAGAAAAAACCAGACUACGAGCUGAAUUAUUGAAUUCAGUAUAAGAUGCCGCUCAAGAUCGUCUUUUUAAUUAGAGUAAAAAAACUCGGAACUAUUUCCACUGUUCUUGAGCGGAAUUUCGCUGAAAAUUGUGACCCUCUUCUAGUAAUAUCUACCGUAUUUCUUCAUCUAUAAGCCAACCUCGGCUAUAAGCCUAGACCCUUAAAGUUAGAGACCUUCCAACAGACUCGUGUUAUCCAAAAGAAAAAGCAAAACCAUCCGCUAUAAGCCGAGUGCGAAAUUCUUGAUUAUAACCGGCCAUUUGAGUGUGCGAACCUCACGGAAAAAAUUGUGAAAUGGCUUCAUGAACACAACAGCUAAUGAAUGAGAAUAAACACAAAAGAAAAAAAAGCGAAUCAGUGAAGAUGUAAAUACUACUACGCGAUUGCAGAAACACGGCAACAGUUACUGUAACCCGACAAACGUUUCAAUCGAGUAUCUCUUUCGUCACUGCUAUUUUUCUCAUCAUGCCAAAAGCACGCCGCUCUUCGUAUACUAUGGCUUUCAGGAUAGAAGUUGUCGCGAAAGCUGAAGCUGUAGAAAACAGCUCGGAAAUCGCUCGAGAGCUGAAGAUGUUUGCAAAACGAGCAAAAAUGGGCCGUUUUACUCUCAAGUGUCCCGAACGAGACGAGUAGGCGAUGUGGAGGUUUCCACAGCGGAGAGACCAAAUAUUUCAUUUGUAAUGUGAAAUGAGAACAGAUUAUACCGACUUGAGUGAGAUCGUCUUUCAAUGCGUGGGAAGCAAAGAAUCUGAUUGGUGGUCAGAAAUACUUUGUUAUUAUGUCAAUUUUAAAGCACGUCACUUGAAGAGCGCUGCAGUCACGAAAUGUACGGUCAUUUCACAUUAACAUUAAAUUUGUACUUGUUUUUGAAUCCCAAACCCUCGGCUUUAAGCCGAAAAAUCGCUCGGCUUAUAGGUGAAGAAACACGGUAUGUUACUUUUAUUUACACCAUUUUAACGAAAUCGACGUGCAGAUAGUUGGAUUCUUAGACGGUCAAGUAAGAGCGACUGAUCAACAUUUGGACCGUCUUGAGAAUCAGGUUUGUUCAUAGACGAUCUGAUAUCUGGAGUCAGACUUAGAGUGAAACAGUUUUUUAACCGAGUGGCCGAUUCAGCUUAAACGCUGUUAUCAUAGAAGUCCUGCAUCUAGAUGGUCCAUAACAUGAAGAAAAUUUUAAAAAGGACUUUACAAUGGGUGGAAAUCGCAAUUCAGAAUUACAAUAAAACUUCGAAAAGUUAACACCAGAAGAAAAGUUAACACCAGAAGAAAAGUUUCGCUCAGAGGUAAAACGCGUGAAAGUUUUCGGUUUUACCUACAGUUGCAGGAAGUUAAUAAAAAUUUCUGUACCAGCAGAGAGAAAGGUGACAGUUAACGGUUCUUUGUUUCUAUUUAUAUUCCAGUUCAGCGACAUUAUGGAUGAUCGCAGUGAUAGAGGAAGCACAGACCAUGCCAAACGUGUAAUGGAGGCGGCGAAAGACCACCUAAGUAAACUUUCAAGCAAAAACACUUUCAAACCCAAAGUUUUAGCGAGGGUGUCACACACAGGCAGGUCUUUUAUUGGGGCCUCAAUAGCCGUAAGUCAUUUCUUAAGGCCCAUUUGUUUGUUUCAUAGAAUUAUCAAUCUUAAACAGAGUCUCGGAAAAGCAAUAGUACAUUUCCAGCCUCUAAAUAUUCCAGAUCGGCAAAACUGGUUAUUUGAAGCACUAUACAAACCCAAAUAUGAUUUGAUAAGAAGCCCUUGUCAAAAUUGUAACAUGAUGUUUUGUAAUGAUCGUUCGGGAAACGGAUGGUCCACGUUUCUCGCCGCAUGUGCAGAGUACUGUCCUGUUAAUCACCUCCUUCCAGAUGAGCCGAAUUUGAGGCAAAGUGCAAGUCAUGAUCCACUUGUGAUAAAUCUACUGAGUCAAAACCGUGCUCGAUGUUCAGAUCUGUUCGAAAACUUUUUGGACAUAUCUAAUAAAUGCAUAACUGCUGCUCGAUCAAACGACGAAAAUAUCAUGAAGGCCGUGUACUGGGAAGUGAUAUAUAAACUGCACAUUUUUGGUUUAAGGCCAGAAUGUAACCCCUACUUUUAG